UACCGUGAAAUAUACGCGCGCAAAAUUGCAAUAUAUCAUCAUCACACAUUUCAGCUGAUUUCUAUCCAAAGAAACUUAUUUAUCUUCUUCUAUUUUUUUUUUCUCUCGAAAGAAACUACAAAUCGUCUCUUUCUCGGUAAUUUUAUGGUUUAAAUUUUUUAUUUGAUAAUUCAAUCAUAAAAUUAAUAGUUAUGUGUAAGAAUCCGAUUUCGUUCUAAAGCGAAAAUUCCUUAAUUUCAUUUUGUUUCGUGAUUCCAUCAGUAUUUAUUUACUUGAAGUCGUGUUGUUAUUUUGUUCUUUAUUUUUGAUUGUUCGAAAUUUGUUGUUUGAAAAGACAUUGCGCAGAAUGCAAGUAUAGUGAAAACGUGCAGAUUAUAAAAUACAAAUAAAUUUGUAAGACGAUAUGACCAUGCCUAAUGCUAAUGUGGCGUGUUAAAAUCAACAUUUAAUUUCAUGCAAUAUAAUUGAAUAAAUAAUUAUUUAGAAGAAAUAUAGAAAAAAAAAAAGAUUAAGAGAGGAGAAAAGAAAGAAUACACCCGGGAGAUGACACUAACUCAAAUAAAUAGGUUAAUUGAAAUUGCAUUCCUUUGUAUAAAAACACACAGUGUUGCAGUGAGAGAGAAAAAAAGAAACAGAGCUAUUCACAAGAAAAACAUUUGAAUGAAUGAACAAGAUAGAAAAAAAAAACAAUAGGCGUAUGCAAACAGCUGGGCCAGACCUCAAUUGAUGUGAUGAUGGUGAUGAUAAUCUGAGCAGAAAAAUUGAAAUCGACAUGAAAAUUUAAAUUAUUACUAUAAUUACAGUCAGAUAAAGAAAUUGAAGGCGAAACGUUAGCGCAUCGAAAGCAAAAUAAACAUAGAAAAUCGGGCGAAACGUUAAACGAUCUAUCAUUCACGGAUUCAGCCAAUUCAAGCAUCUGUUUCGUCUUCAAAGUAUUUCUUCUUCUUUUUUUUUAGUGUGUUUUAAUUGCAUAAUUAAAUGCUCACCGAAAAAGAACAAACACUACAAUCGUAACUGCACAUCUUUAUUAGAGGCUUUCGGUUCAACUUCUUCUUCUGUUUUAUAAAAUUUCUGUUACUGUGCGAGAUCGUGCGAACGAUUAGGAAAAUUACUUUGCGCAAAAUUUACACACGAUAAAAACAAAAAGCACAUCCAAAUUAUUAUUGAUUAAAUACAUGAAGUGAGUAAAAAUUAACAGUGGUAGCUGGGCCAUUUGACAUUGUACUUGAAAAUAGAUUACCGUAUAUUUAAACGAAAUAAAAAACAUUCACCGCAUAUAGCGCAAAAAAAAGAGUACGCGCAACCAAAACGAUAAACCACGUGUCGAAAAUUACGUGUAAUUUAUUAUUGUAAAAAAAGAGCGACAGAGAAAAAGAAAAAAAACGAAUAAUUUUGCAUACAGAAUAACCGAAGAGAAAAAAAAACAAUAAAUAAAAAUAAACAGAACAUUUUUAUCGGGUGCUGUAUACUUGAGAUAUUCAUGCUUGUCAAGUGUGUGUGUACUUUGACGAAUAUCAAACAUUUUGCGAGAAAUAGUGUGACCGCGUUGACAUCUGUGUGUAUUAGUGGAUUUCUUCGUCUCGUGCACGUAUUUUGAGAAAAAGCACGCAGUGAACUUCGAUACAAAACAAAACAAAACAAAAGUUACGCGAGAAGCGCAUCGUUCACACCAAAUUGUACAACUGUAUUUACAUCGUUUGCAAAGUGCGCGAUAAUGUAUUACAUCAGUUUUGAAAUAUAUAGGCAUAGGCCUUAAUUAUAUUGGUGUUAUGAAAUACGUGUUACGCGCUCCCAUGUUGUAAUUCUUGUAAAAAUUUGAUUGCUGCUUUGUUGCGGAAGAACCAGCAAGGAACAUGGUAGUUAGUUAUGUGUAAUUAUGCAUGCAUGCUGUUCGGUGUCAACAAAGCGUCAUUUACCUGCGUACAAAGGCUUCAUGCAACGAAACACAUACGGGGACAUCCACAUCCAUCAUCAAUCACCGAGUAGGCGAGCUUAAUAACGCAGUAUUUUAAACUACAAUUGCUCAUUUAACCCAAAUUGACCUAUGCGCACAUUGUUUUUAAGCAUAAACCUUCAAGUCUACCGAGUUACAUGGAGAAAAUUGCCAAACGAUCGUAUUGUUGGUGUUAGUGAUGAUGAUGGUGGCGGCGGUUGGUGCCGUGAAAUUCACUGUUCUCUUCGAUUUUAACAAAGAAUUAUUUGCCCCGGCCAUUAUGAAUGAUGAGUGUGUAUGAGUGAAAUGCAAUGUUCAACAUUUGUACAAAAUAUAUUUGCAUAUAUAUAUCUUGGGCAAAUGAAUACGAUUUUAGUGUAAAAUAAUAAUGGUAAAGUGAAUUUUAAGCUUAUAUAAAAUAAAUGUGCAAUUUACAUUUGGAUUUACAAAAAAUAAUAUCUAAAGAAGCGAAGAAGUGAAAAAGAAGAAUCAAAGUAUAAAAUCUUUUCAAAAAAAUGGAAGAAGAGGAAAAUGUGAGUGUAAAUAGGUUCGGUAAUAAGUCAAAAGUGUUUAAUCGAAAACGGCCGGGAUUGUCGUUGCAAGCAAUCACAACGAAUGUGCUUAGCAUCGGCCGUAAUUUACAGGGAGUAGUAAGUAAAACCAUAACUUUUAUUGCAAUCGCAUCUAAUCUAAUAAUACAUGCAGCAAUCGCUGAUAGCCAAUUUAGUGGUAACAAUUUGGAUGCAGUCAUUGCAUCUGACACUGAUUCCGUCGACUAUUUAUUCGAUUCGGUCGAUAAACGAAUUUACAAAAAUAUUACCAUAAAUACGUCGAUUUUGAAACCAGCGACAAUUGGCGGUAGUGAUAGUGAUAAUAGCAGUGAAAAUGUGACAAUGGCCAGCAACAAUCUUUUAGUGGCGGCCGUAGCAAGUACAUUCAAUACAAUCAAAUCGAAUGACACCGGCCUGAUGACACCAUCGAACAAUAUGUCGUCGAUAACAGACAUCGACAUUGAAUCAACUCAAUCGCCCAUGAUCGACGAUCAAAAUAAUUAUUGGGCGUUGUUAGCAUUAAUUCUGAUCGUUGGCACAGCCGCCGGUAACAUUCUGGUGUGCUUAGCCAUAACAUGGGAACGUCGACUACAAAAUGUUACAAAUUAUUUUUUGAUGUCGCUGGCGAUUACCGAUUUAAUGGUUGCCAUUUUAGUCAUGCCGCUGGGAAUUCUUAGUCUGGUGAAAGGCUAUUUUCCAUUGGAAUCCGUGCAUUGUUUGGUGUGGAUGUGUUUGGAUGUGCUAUUUUGUACGGCCAGCAUAAUGCAUUUGUGCACAAUAUCUAUCGAUCGAUAUCUGUCACUGCGAUAUCCCAUGCGUUUUGGACGAAAUAAAACGCGCAAACGUGUCACCUUAAAAAUUAUAUUCGUUUGGAUUUUAUCGAUUGCCAUGAGCUUACCGCUGUGUUUGAUGUAUUCAAAAGAUCAUGCAUCAGUAUUAGUUGAUGGAACGUGCCAAAUACCAGAUCCAGUGUAUAAAUUGGUCGGAUCGAUUGUUUGUUUUUAUAUUCCGCUGGGAGUGAUGCUGAUAACAUAUUGCUUAACGGUUCGUUUAUUGGCGAGGCAACAGCAAAGCCUGUGCGGAGGUGGUCCGGCCACAGGUGGUACCAGCACAACAACUAAUGGCAAUCAACCGAAUGGAUGGGGAAGCGGAUGGUUAGGUCAACAAAAUCUCGAACGAAGGUGUACAUGGCGGCGCUUACUGAAAACCAGUUUACCAUCAACGCCAAAUCAUCCACAUUCAGCCCAUUCAACGGAUACCGAGCUUUCGAACUUAGACACGCAUGAAUUAUGGUUGCCAGACUCAAGCAUUCCAGAGCCGACACCAUCAACAAUGACAGCAUUGCAUCAAUUUGGUGCUGAAAUGUUGAAGCUUUCGCGUGGGUUAGAUGCCGCUUCAUCAAUGGUGGUACCCAUUCCGGCCAGCACAUCGACCACAUGUGUUAGUGUUGAUAAUGCAACCACCGAACAUAGAAUGCAACAAAAGCCAUUAUUAUCGAGUCAAGAGCUACAACCUUCCAAACUAAAUCGCGAACGAAAUCGGCCUAUAUCGCCGGCACGUCGCAACCGAAGUAAACGUCGAGCUUCCCAUUCAACAUGGUCGUCGAGUGGACUGAUUCGAAGGGAGUCACAGAGUUCGGAAUUGAAUUUUCGCAAACGAUGCAAUAGUUUGCCACGCAUCGAACAGGAUGAAAUUGGAUUUGAUGAACAAUCAAAUACGGAAAGUGAUAUUGAAUCAUCGGUGCAUCGACAUCACAGCGAUCGUAUAUUUAAUCAGAGUGACGAUGACGGUGAAACGGAAGAGGCAGAUAGCCGAAAAAAUCGAAAAAAUUGCCAAAAUUCAACUGAAAAAUUGAAAAGUCAAUUAUGUGUGCAUGAAAAGCAACCGAAUGAAACACAUGGUACAAAUUUGAAUGAAAUAAGUUUACCACCACCAUGCACAUGCCCAUACUUUGGAUCGGCCAAAUCGAAUGCACAGCGAAAAGCUGAAGUUAAAAUUGUAUCGGAAUUGAAUGCCGAAGAACUGUCACCGCUUAUAACACACAACAAUCCAAUUGCGAUUGCAUCGAAUAAAGGAUCACGUCGAAAUUUUACCGUAAUGGGCAGUUCAGCGCCGACAUUACAUUUAUUAACAGCGCCCGGCCAUAAUCAUUUGAUGAGUAAUUCAACAACACCCACACCAGCCACAUCACCAACACCCGUUCCCAUUCGUAAGCUUAGCUUUUCAACGACACCGCACAAAUCGAAUACAGUUGUAACAUGGGACAUAUCUCGAAAGAGCCAAAAAUCGAAACAUGGCUCAAAUUUUGGUGGCCAUCAAACCACAUUGAUUGCAUCAAAACCGGUGCCGACAAUAACAUCGGCACUUAGACGUUCGGCAACACUUCGUAAUCAAAAUAACAUUUUGAAUGGGCUGAGCGGCAGUAGUGGCACGGUAACUGGUUUGAAUCGAACGAACAUGGAUAAUAUGUUGAAUGUCAAUAACAAAUCAAGCUCGAACAAAUCAACGCCAUGUCUAAUCAAUCGGGUCGGAACCGUUCGAUCGCAUCAUUCACGAAAUUCAAGCGUGAUAUCGCGAAAUUCAUCGCGUCAUGGUCGUAUCAUUCGUCUUGAACAGAAAGCGACCAAAGUGCUUGGUGUCGUUUUUUUUACGUUUGUCAUUUUAUGGGCACCGUUUUUCGUAUUGAAUUUGUUACCAACGGUUUGUGGUGAUUGUGAACAACAGAUAAGCCAUUGGGUAUUCGAUGUGGUCACAUGGCUUGGAUACGCCAGUUCAAUGGUCAAUCCGAUAUUUUAUACGAUUUUCAACAAAGUAUUUCGUCAAGCAUUCAAAAAGGUUCUUUUGUGCCAGUAUGGUGAAACAAAGUGGCGACCGCAAAGAUAGCAGACGGUCAGUAGCAAAUCAUCGACCACCAAACUCAACAAACUUUAACGCACUGAAAAUACCACACGGUUUCAACCGAAGAUGAUUUGCCAAUAAAUUCCAAUAAACAUUUUGAAAUAAAACUACAGUCAAUUUCACAAAAAUCAUAAAUAACACAAACUUAAAUGAAAAAUACGCAUUCCCACAUUUAGCUCAAAGGGGUAAACGGGCAUGCAAAUCGAUUUUAGCAUUUCGAUAAAUAUUUAUGUAUAUUAUUGAGGCCAAAUUGAACAAUUAACUAAUAAAAAGAUAUAAUAAUAAUAAUGACCAAAAAAUAGAUGGAAAUAAAUAGAAUCAAAAAGUGAUGGUGUAAUUGUUGUUGUUUUCUUUCUACUUCAUCGACACAAAUAUACAGAUAUAAAUAAAAUCGCAUCUCAUAUAAAUAAACAAUUUGUUAAAUAAGCGUUUCAUCCAUUUCACGUAAACUGAACUGCUUCAAUGCAAUUCAAAUCGAAAAACAAAACUAUGUUCACAAUUUUGUUGCAUGGUCGAAAUUCAUUCUAUCAAUUAAAUAUUAUGGACAACACAUUUUAAACACUCUGUAAUAGUUCUUUUUUAAAUGUGAACACACACACACCAAAUAUUACCAUGUGUAUACUGCUCUCGUAAGGCUUUAGAUAGAUGUUUAACCAAAAAAGCAUAAACAUAAUUUUUAACAAUGACAAAAUUAAUAUUGUUUUAAAUAUGAUUCGAACGGACUUACAUAGUUACUGUUAGUUUUAAGAUGAAAAAGCCACACAAAACUGACGACAGAUCUGAAUUUAUUUUUUAACCGAGAGUAAUUUAUUUUUUGAAAUUAUAAAAGUGGAAAAUGAAUGAAAAAGUCCCAUAAUUUGUUUUAUUUUUAAAAUUAAGUACAGCUGUUGGAACGAACAAAAAAUAAUGAACCGAACAAUACAUUUAAAUAAAAGAAAUAUGAACUUAAACACUGUCAUCUCUAUGAACAUUGAUAUCUACAUGCUCUAAUUAAACAUACUCAGUGUUAUGUAAUGAUUAAAAUCUCAACCAAAAAAAAACACAAAUACAAAAUAACCAACAAUUACAUAGUAUAUUUAUCAUAAAUGUUAAACAAUUGUCGUGAAAUAAAAUGCAACCAAAAUGUUUCCAAUUACACAAAUCCAAAACCACAAAUAUUACAUAAAUAUAAAUGUUUGAAUGUAUAAAUGUCUAUCAAUAAGUGGAAAUUGUGGUGUUCAAUGGAUAAAACAAGAAUUAAUUUGAGGGGAAAGAAAACAAAGAAUGGAAAGGCUCAGCCAAAAUGCUGUUAACGAACAUAUAGAAUUUUAGACAAUUAAUUUCUGCGAAUAAAUUGAUUUCAACAAACAAACUAAAAAAAUAAGGGUGAAAACCAAGACGACUUAAUUUUUAUCUCUUAUCAUUUAUUUUAUACUGUAGAUCAUUUAUGAUUGAUUUUGGACAGCGAUAUUUUUUUUUUCCUUUUUCAAUUGAAAUUUGGAGAAUAUUGCCAAUUUGAGAUGAAUCAAUCGAAUGUUACACACCUGAAAGAAAUCCGAAUUGUAAAAUUGACGGCCAAUCCCAAUCAGGGUGCGCGCACAAUAAUCUUCAAGCAUUUAUGCUUUGUAUCAAAUAAUAAUAAUUUAAAGAAAAUAAAAAUAAAUAUGUGGGUGUAACAAGAACAACAUUUUACUACAAUUCUGACAAUUUUAAACGAGGAUCCGGCUUCAACUAUUAUAAAAUCUCUAAUGAUGCACCUAUUCUCAGCAAGAACAACAAUUUCAAUAAAUGUCACCGAAAAAAAAUAUAAGUGUAAAUUUUUUUAGAUGUUUAGGGCUCAUAUUAGGAACUACACUUUUGUAAAUACAAUUUUAAAUAAAUAUAUAUAGACGUCUUGUCGUAGGGCGGUAGUUUUUAUAGGGUUUUAAAGGCGACGAAUGAUAUUUUAUGCGAUUGAAUGUGAGAGAGACGAGAACGAUGGAAUUAAAUUGAAGAAAGUCGUAAAUAAAUGUUUUGAUUUUUUUCCCAAAAUGUUAAA